GGCCCCUCCAUGCCCGGCGAGCCCCCCCCGCGCUCCGCCAGGCCCGCGGCCCGGCCCGGCCCGGCCCCGGAGUGCGGGCCGGAGGCUCCGCGCCCCCGCCGCGGSGUUGGACUCGGCUCUGCGCGGCGAUAAUGGGUUUUUGGGGUGCGGGUUUUUAGGGUGCGGGGAYUCCCUUUCUAGGGCAGACGAGGGCCGAGGCUUGCGCGGCCUCGGGUCACCCCGGCGCGGGGUGCGGCUGCCGGCAGGAGUUGCUKGGAACAACAAGGACAGUGGAAAGCAGCGGGGUGCGGUGCAGGACCCCGGGUCCCCACGCAGAACACGGACGGCGCUCCCCGGGGGCCGCUGGCGCUCACGGAACUGCAGUAUCAGGGCGGGGGGUGGUCGCGUUUUGUAGGCUGUGGAAAUUUGGAAAUAAUUUGGCGUUAAAACCCAAGCCCUGCCUAGACGAAUUUUCCCAUCCUUGUCAUAGAAGUUAAUAAGUUUGUUUUUUUUUAUUUUUUAGGAGAGAGUUGCAGUUGAUCCGUGAAAGAUCCAUCCUAAAGUUUUCGAGGCAUUAGAAAUUACAUACCGUGGGUAACCUCAUGGAUAUGAGGAGGGGAAGACCUUCAGAAAAGUGUAAUGCCAUUAAAAGACAAAUUACUGGAUGUUUUGCAAGACUGAAUCUUAACUUGCCUGGCUGGCAAUUCAUCCGGCCAUUACCUCAACAUUGUCCCCAGCCACUCUGGUUUCUAAUAGGCCACAAACACCCUGGUGUGAUCAGAAACAGGGUAACUCCCAUGGGUGCUGCUGCCAGGAAGGAAGCCGUGUUUGCUGCUGAUAUUCACAGCUCUUUCUGCUGCCACAGUCAACUGAGGAAGAUGUCUUUCUAUGGCCACCACAAGCAAAUAUUGCCAUCACUAGUCCUUCACUAUCUCCUGGCAAUUACCUGGUCCUUCAUGAAAAAYGUUCUGGCUACAUGGUCUCCAGGGUUUCCAUGCAAGACCAGUGAAGAAUGGGCUCUGACCCACAGAAGGAAAUAUGUCAGGAAUAAUGGAAUCACAGCCUCUGUGCCUAAAAUGGCUCUGAAAAGAAUGUUCUUGAACUCCUCUCACUUGGGGCAAAAAUCAUGGUUUUUGAAAAAGAGAGAGAGAAAAGGGUUGUUGGAACCUCCCAAAGUAGCACUGRUUAUUGCUGUCUGCUGCGACAGAGGUAUAUGGCCAUGCACAAAAUCUCAGUGCAUGAAGCAGAUCCCCAUGAAACUCCCUACAGAAAAGUGAAGACAGCUGAAGUAAUCUGGAAUUCACAAGAUAUUUUAUCCACAGUAUGAAGCAUUAUAUCAUGCUAUGGGCAAGGAACCAACAUUAUGGAAUKAAGCAAAAUCACCACAUAGAAGAGGUGCAGUCAGAACAAAAGGACGUAAGAUGCUCCAAGUUGUGAAGCGAUGUUAUGAGGAGUCAGGCCCUGGCAUUCAUGAUGGACAGGGGAAUGAGACCUACAUGAUUAAUCCUUCUGGUGGGUAGGAGAUCCCAAGACUAUAAAACUGCCCAGAUCUCAAUCAGUGUAUGUGACAAGUGCUUUAUAACCUUGCAUUCCUCUCCAAAGGCACAGUUCAUAGAAUCAUAGAAUGGUUUGGGUUGGAAGAGCCCUUAAAGAUUAUCUAAUUAAUUGCAACUCCCUACCACAGGCAGGGAAUCUUUCACUACACCAGGUUGUCAUUAUUGGUGGCAGGCUGCUCACAAGUACAAGCUUGCCUGUUCUCCAGCCUUCUCUGUUAUCUGCCUCAUUGAAGAUACAGAACUUCAGGACAGUCACCUGCUGGUCCCCUGGCUUCAGCAACUCCCAGUCCUGGCUUUGCUGCAAAACCUGUUCCCAGCAGGCAGUAUCCUCACCAUGGAGCUCGAGCACGACACUGCUGGGGCUUGGUGUGCUGCCUGUCACCAUCCCCUGGGAACUGUGGAGGGGCUUUGACCCAUCCAUCUGCACUUUUCCAAUUACUGCUGGUGUUCAGGAUGCUYCCCGAGAGAGUUGAAGAAAGAACUGUCUUGGUGUUGGCAGGAAGCUUCAUAUAGUUUCUGGGAAGCAAGGCUUGGAAAGGAGCCCAGGCUGUCACAGUGCCCGUGUUUUGGGUAGCAUCUGGCCUGAUGUCUGACAGAACAAAUGGCUGGCCACCAAAACAGGCACGUUACAGCCAACACUAACACAUGCAGACAAAGCCACCGACUCGCUUCAGCCCACGAUGCUUGGGGACAAAAAUGCCAUAUGCACUUGUCCCCAAUUCUAGGGUGAGUUUAGACAACCAAARUUGGGAUGCUCGCUGAACUGCCCGUGCACACAGGCAGCCACAACACUUGGGA